CUCCCCUCCCACAACGUACCACACGUCCCUCCUCAUCGCUCCGGCAAUGGACGACCUUUGCUUCGACCUCUCCACCACCUCCGACUCCCCCCAUGACUCCACUUCCCCUUCCUCCUCCUUCUACCACUCCUCCCCUCCCCCCUCCGUCAGCUCCGCCCUCGUCCCCGCGUCCACUCUCGCCAUCGCCGACCUCUCCUACACCGUCCGCCGCCGACCCCAAUUUAACAUCCUUUUGCCAUCGACAUGCUUCUCCCCCCGCAAGGCCGAGCCGACACAUCUCCUCAAGUCGGUGUCGUUCACCGCGAGGAGUUCGGAGAUCCUUGCGAUCGUCGGCCCGAGCGGCGCGGGGAAGUCCACCCUUCUCCGCGUGAUCUCGGGCCGGGUAAAACCGUCGAAGUUUGACCAGCAGAGCAUCACGCUCAACGACCAGCCUAUCACGCGGCCCGCCGAGCUGCGCAGACUAUGCGGGUUCGUCACGCAGGAAGACAACCUCCUGCCGCUGCUCACCGUGAAAGAGACGCUGAUGUUCAGCGCCAAGUUCCGACUGCGAGGCGCGAGCUCGAGGGAGAGGGAGGAGAGGGUUAUGGCCCUCAUGCAGGAAUUGGGCCUCGAACACGUCGCGCAAAGCUACGUCGGAGACGAGGAGAAUAGAGGGAUAUCCGGAGGCGAACGCAAGCGCGUCUCGAUCGCGGUCGACGUGAUACACGAUCCGCCGAUUCUCCUCCUCGACGAGCCCACUUCCGGCCUCGACAGCCGGUCGGCUUUGCAGGUAGUCGAACUACUCGCUUCGAUGGCUCGUGCGAGGCGACAGAUUUUAGUACUAACAAUUCAUCAGCCUAGCUACCGGAUGCUCCGGUACGUAUCGACCUUCUUGCUCCUCUUACAUGGCACCGUGGCUCACUGCGGUAGCCUCCGAUCCCUUGAAGACACCAUCGCUCGCAUGGGGUUGAAGAUCCCGGCGCAACUCAAUCCCUUAGAGUACGCCAUGGAGAUCACUGAUCAACUAGAGGAGUACACUGCCAAGUAUACUAAAUUGAUCAAGCGCGAGGAGUUGCACCAAAGUGAGGACUCAAUUGUAGAAGAAGAAGAAGCGGAAGGAGAACUCGAACACGAAGCCUCGAGGGAUUAUUACUGCUGCUCCAGAUCGGAGGAGGUGGUUUCUCUGUCUUCGCGAUUUGCGAAGAUCAUGUAUCGGACGAAGCAGCUAUUCCUCGCGAGGACGAUGCAGGCGAUCGUCGGCGGAUUAGGCCUCGGGAGCGUGUACCUACGGUUAAAGAUGAGCCCCAACGGGGUGGCAGAGCGGCUGGGCCUCUUCGCCUUCAGCCUCAGCUUCCUCCUCUCCUCGACCGUCGAGGCGCUCCCGAUAUUCCUCCAGGAGCAGCGCGUCUUGAUGAGGGAGUCGUCGCGGCGGAUGUAUCGGAUCUCUUCCUACAUGAUAGCCAACACCGUAGUUUUCAUCCCUUUCCUUCUCGCGGUGGCUCUUCUCUUCGCCAUUCCUAUAUACUGGCUUGUAGGGCUCAACCCCACGCUAAGCGCGUUCGUGUUCUUCGUGUUUGUUGUGUGGUUGAUCGUGUUAAUGGCGAGUUCUCUAGUUCUCUUCCUCAGCGCGAUCUCACGCGAUUUCAUGUUAGGCAACUCACUCAUAUGCAUCUUCCUGGGGGUCUUCUUCCUCUUCUCCGGCUACUUCCUUCCGAAAGAGAGCAUACCAAAGUACUGGCUCUUCAUGUACUACGUCUCCCUCUACAGGUAUCCUUUGGACACACUUCUCAUCAAUGAGUACGGGGGGAGCAUGAGGGGGAAGUGCUUCUAUUGGCAAGAUGAGGAUCGCGGCAUCUGCGCGCUGAUAUAUAUCUGUAAUGUUCUACUUAUGGUGCCAAUAAUGUAG